ACACCCUCUGUUGGCCAAACGGAAAACCUACCCCGAUUUCCCUCCAUACUGGUCUCUAAUCUCUAUCACUCACAUAACCAGAGAUUCUCGUGAAAAUAAAAUCCUUUCUACUUCCUUCGAUCCUGUGAAAAGUUUCAACUGCACGAGUUUCCUCAGUCUUAAUUGUCAGUCUCGUUCCCUCUCUUCGUGUGAGUUAGGAUCCAAAUCCAAUAGUCCGACGGACGGAGCAUCAUGAAGUACAGGUACGCAAUGGUGUGUUCGUCGAACCAGAAUCGGAGUAUGGAGGCUCACUCCCUGUUUAAGAGGCAGGGCUUCGACGUAUCUUCCUACGGCACCGGAUCUCACGUCAAGCUCCCUGGACCUUCCAUCAGAGAACCUAAUGUCUACGAUUUUGGUACCCCGUACAAGCAGAUGUUCGAUGAUCUCAGGCGCAAAGAUCCCGAACUUUACAAGCGUAAUGGCAUAUUGCCAAUGCUGAAGAGGAAUAUAGGAGUCAAAUCAGCACCACAACGUUGGCAAGAUAAUGUUGCUGAUGGUUCCUUUGAUGUGGUAUUAGCAUUUGAAGAGAAGGUUUAUGACAUGGUCAUUGAAGACCUCUUUAUUCGAGAUCACGCCCUUAUGAAAAGUGUGUUGAUAAUCAACUUGGAGGUGAAAGAUAACCAUGAGGAGGCAGCUGUAGGUGCUCGUCUUGCCUUAGAGCUCUGCCAGGAGGUUGAAGCAGCUGAAUCAUGGGAGGAUUCAAUUGAUGAGAUUGUGACUAAUUUUGAGAACAAGCACCGUCGGAAGGUGUUGUAUAACAUUUCUUUCUACUGAAAGAUUUACCCCAAAUACACCAAUAGAAUCAUAACACUAUAGUUUCCCAUUCUUCCUUAUAAUGUCUGCAACCGAUUGCUUAUUUCCAACCCUUGAGAAUGUAUGAUUAUUAUAUUAAUUAACACUUUUAGCUCAAGGAAGUCGAAUGUUAUUGAUAAAGUUCUGGUUUGUUAUGCUGGCAUGAACUUAUGCACUCUGACGAAUAAACUAUUCUUCAGAAUUUGUAUGCAUCAGAAUUUUCUUUUCAUUGAA